UUGUUUAUCAUCGUGAUGAAACACAUAGAAGGGCAGCCUCGAAACAAAUUUCCAAAAUUGAUUCAAAACAUUUAUCGAUUGAUCUAGUCAGAUUAUCUUUCAUUCGAGUCAAAAUUGUUAAAUUUAUUAAAUGUCAGCAGCCAAGAGAACAUUUACGGCUGCUGUACGUGCCGUACAGAUUCAACAAAAAACAAAUCGUCAAAUGAGAUCAGCCAUUUACAUGACACCGAAUGCAAUUAACCGAAUCAAAACAUUGAUGCAAGAACGACCAGAUAUGAUUGGAUUACGUAUCGGUGUUAAACAACGUGGUUGUAAUGGCCUUUCAUAUCAAUUAGAAUAUGCAACCGAAAAAAAUAAAUUCGAUGAAGAAGUCAUACAAGAUGGUGCUAGAUUAUUAAUCGAUCGUAAAGCACAAUUAUCAUUAUUGGGUAGUGAAAUGGAUUUUAUUGAAACAAAAUUAUCCGCAGAAUUUGUAUUUAAUAAUCCAAAUAUUAAAGGAACAUGUGGUUGUGGUGAAAGUUUUAGCAUUUAAAGAAAAAGAAUUCGUUUGUUUGUUUGGUUUUUCCGUUAAUUUAUUUUUAUUU